AUGACGGAAACUACAUUCGAUCCCACCACCAAUCCCUCCAGCCCCUACUAUCUUCAUCCUGGGGAAAAUCCAGGCAUUGCUCUCAUUUCCCAGGUCCUUACCGAAACCAACUACUCAUCAUGGAGCAGAAAUCUGAAANGAGCUUUACUCUCAAAGAACAAGGUAAAGUUCAUUGAUGGCAGCAUCANAAAACCUGCCAGAACUGACAAAUUAUUUGAAGCAUGGGAACGAUGUGAUANUAUGGUGCUCUCCUGGAUCAUCAAGACCCUCUCAACUCAGAUUGCUGACAGCGUUCUUUAUGUUGACACUGCCAAGGAUCUUUGGGAUGACCUUAAAGACAGGUUUUCNAAGGGAGACUACUUCAAAAUUUCCGACUUACUUCAAGAUUUACACUCUAUCAAGCAAGGAGAAAGAAACAUCAGUCAAUACUUCACUGACUUAAAAAUCCUCUGGGAGGAAUUAGAAUCUUUGAGGCCUAUACCCUACUGCACCUGCCCAAACCCAUGCACUUGUGAUCUAUCUAAAGUUUCCCUCCAAUACAGAGAAGCUGAACACGUUAUCUGCUUCCUCAAAGGUCUUAAUGAUANCUAUCAAACUGUCAGGACUCAAAUNCUUCUAAUGGAGCCCCUUCCCAACAUCAACAAGGUUUUUUCUCUCCUAAUGCAGCAAGAAAGGCAGCAUCAGGACAGGGGAGGCCAAAAUGAUUCUUUCAGAAUUCUUGCCAACACUUCUGACAAGCCUAAUUGGAAAGGUCAAGGCCGUGGCACUCCUUCCCGUGGCCAAGGAAGAGGAAGGGGGAGAAAUCCCACUUAUGGGAAGCAAUGUUCCCAUUGCCACAAGAUGAACCACACAAUUGACGAAUGUUACAGCAAACAUGGCUUUCCACCAUGGUACAAGAAGAAUGAUAAUCAAAACAGUCAACACAAUCAAGACAGGGGAGGCCAAAAUGAAUGGAGAUAUGCUAAUGCUUGUAAAGAAGACUCUACAUCUACCCAGAAUCAAACCAUUCAGCAAGAAAAUCACAACAAUCCUAUGCAGGUUUUUACUCCUGAACAGAUGCAAAAACUGUUUAAAAUCAUAGAGAGUACCCAGACACAAAAUACCCACAGCAUUAGUCAAAUACAGAGAAACAUUCCUGAAGAUAAUCAAGUGAUGACCUAUGGCACUAUAGACUAG